AUAAAAUGCCUGCGUUAGCUAAAUAUGAGUGAGAAAGAAAGGAAGGGCGAGAGAUGGAAAGUAAAUUAUGAACAAAAGGGGAAGGAGAGAUGUUGAGUGAGUUUAUUUGUGAGGAGAUUUGAUCGGAUCACAAUGUUCAGAUUAAGUCUCCUGCUUCUCCUGCUCUCCCUGCCCGGCCUACUCGAUGCUGCUGGGAUGGGUGAAGUCUCCAGGGUAUCCCACUGGAUACUUGCCCCAUGCCAGUUUAAACUGGAGCAGGUGUGCCGCCAAAGGUCACACCCUGUCCAUCCAGCUCAUGCACCUGGACCUGGAGGACAGCCAACAUUGUGACAACGAUGCAGUGAAGGUCUUUUCAAAUGGAAACUUAAUCUUAGUCUUGUGUGGCAAAAAGGGAUUUGAGGAGCUCCAGUCGUCAGUAAACCCCCUGCUCCUGUCCUCCCCGGGUGGCUGCCUCUCGCUCACGUUCCAGUCCGACUACUCAAACACCAAGAGGCACACCGGCUUCAGAGGCUUCUAUACCGAUCAAGACUUUGACGAGUGUGCGGACGACCCGAACAACGGAUGCACCCAGUUCUGUCACAACUACAUCGGAGGGUACUACUGCUCCUGUCGCCAUGGUUACCAACUGGCCCGGGACAAGCACACUUGCACGGUGAGUUGUGGUGAGGAUCUGUCGGGGCUGACCACGGGGGUCGUAUCCAGCCCCUCCUGGCCUACUUCAUAUGCAGAGAACGCCAACUGUCAGUACACCCUCUCUGUGGAGGCCACCCUGCAGCUGGAGCUGCACUUCUCCCAAGACUUCGAUGUGGAGCAAAGCCCUGAUGGUCAAUGCAUUGACUCACUGACGAUUGAGACUCUCUCCGGGACUCUGGAGCCGUUGUGCGGCCGCACGCCUCCCCCGUCUCCCUUUCUCACCCACUCGCAUCACGUCCAACUGCGCUUCACCUCUGACGGCUAUGGCACCAACAAAGGCUUCACUCUCCACUUCAGGACCACAGACAAAGUGUGUCUGGCCGCGGUUACCUCCCACUCCUCUGUGACUCCUCCUCAAGCAGAAUAUCGUCGGGGUGAAACAGUGACCGUCACUUGUGAUCUUGGUUAUGUUGCAAAUACUCAAGGCACCCAGACUCUGUCUUCACAGUAUGUGACGACCUGCCAGAACACGGGCGAGUGGACGCCCAAAUACAUCUGUGAACCGGUGAAUUGUGGACUUCCUGAUAUCCCAGAAAAGGGCAUCGUUCAGCUGGUGGGCUCAGAGAACCCAUACACUCAGUACAAAGACCAGAUCCAGUUCACCUGCAGCUCAAAGUACUACACCCUGGAAGGAGAUGCCACGUACACGUGCAGUGCCAGUGGUGAAUGGGUAUCAGGUGGCGGCAACAUGCAGAUGCCCAAAUGCAUCGAAGUUUGCGGGAAGCCUGAAAAACACUCCGCAAGUGCAGGCAGAAUUUUGGGAGGUAAGGAUGCGAAGAUGGGGGAGAUACCGUGGCAUCUUUUGAUCAAAGAGCCGUCCAGAGGAGGAGCAUCGCUGAUCUCUGACCGAUGGGCUGUGACAGCAGCUCACGUGGUGGAAGGCGUAGAGGAAAGCUCUUUGCGCCUGUACGGUGGGCUGGUCGAUGGAAGAACAGCACAUACGUCGUCUAAUGCAGUUGCCAUGGACAGUGAGAGGAUCAUCAUUCAUCCCCACUACAUCAAGGGCGCCGUAGAACCCACCAACUUCGACAAUGAUAUUGCUCUGAUCAGAUUAUCCUCCAGGGUGAAUUUAGGCCCAAACAUUCUUCCCAUUUGCCUGCCAGAGGUCAACAGGGGCAUGGUGGAAAAUGAACAAGGCACAGUGUCGGGCUGGGGGGCAACAGAAAUGAGAGGCUUGUCUGCCAUCUUAAAAUACGCUCACAUUGGGGUCUACUCACUAGCCCAGUGUGAAGAUACACCUCACACACCGAAAUCUAACAAACGCAUGAUUUUCUCUGACAACAUGUUCUGUGCGGGAGCGGAGGGAAAGGACAGCUGCAGGAGAGACAGCGGAGGUCCGUUUGUUUCGCCCAUGUUGUCUGAAGGCAAUGAGCCUUAUUAUCUGUCCGGCAUCGUGUCCUGGGGACCCCCCUGUCGAGAGAGGCAGUACAAGGGUUAUUACACCAAGGUGGAGAAUUAUCUAGGCUGGAUUAAGGAGACGAUAGAUUCAAUAGAACAAUCUUAGAUCUUAAUCUUAGAACUCUUCUACUAACCAGAGUAACGUAAUCAAACUCAGAUCUCUAAGGUCAAAUGUUUCUGAAAAUAAAGACUAUAAUCUUGUAACAAUGUACCAACAUUAACAACAUUAAGCUGUGAUCACGUUAGGACUUCAUACUUCACUUUUGUAUUAAAGGAAUUUGCAAAUCAA